AUUUGAACAAAUAUUUACCAAAACAGAUAUAAACGGCACAAGAAAGGAAGUUAUGGUUGAACUGAUUUGUAAGACCAAGUUUCCAUUUGUUUGAGUAAACAGUUUGUAAAUUACCGUUGUUAGUUUAUUUACUGAUAAGAGCGAUUAUUCGAAGUACAAAAAACGACUAAAUGGGCAGAUGUACGAUAUAAAUAGCUUUAUCACUUGGAUUUGCGAAUUGUCGCGAUUCAGAACCAACACUAUCCAGGCCAGAGAAUGCAGGUGGUAUCUACAUAACAAUAAAGCACAAAUCAGUCAAAUCAAAUAUGUAAUUUGGCAAAUCGGUUCUAAUAAAGGAGUAGCCUCGGUCUUUCCAAUUUACCUCCAACAAGAUGAAAAAUGUUGUCGUUUAUCUACCUAAACGAGUAUUUCCUCAUUUUGUGCCUUGCCGGUUUCAACAUGGCAACUCCUACAGUGGAUAGGGAUGACAUCAAGAAUGUUAAGUAUGAAGAGUAUGUGAUUGAGCACGAAAUAUCUUCUACUCAAGCCAGGAAUGUUGCUUUAUCUACCGAUAUCAAUGCAAUUAUUGUACCUGCCGGCUGUCAAGAAUGUACCAAAGAAGAAAAGCAUUAUUGUAUGAGUGCAGACCUCAUAAGUGAUCAUUGUUGUUGUGAUAGAAGAUUUCAUGAAUUUUUGCCAUAUAUUCCGCAUACAUGCUAUUUUGGCACUCAGCUUUGUACCACGAUAGCCCUAGAUUGCAAUAAAUAUACUCGCCUUAGGACGUGCUGCUGUGAUAAAUAUUUACUUCCCAAAUGGAAAGAAAAAUUUGGCUCUGGCGCUUCGCUCUCUGCCACAGAAAUAUCUUUCGCCUUCUUAAUAUUGCAUGUAUGCUUUGUAAAUAUUCUUGUACAGGUUUUCUUUAAUUUCUAAUACAACACGCUAAUAGUAGUUUUAUAUGAAUGGAACCAGUGACAUAAUGGAAUAUUAGUGUUAUAUUUCCAUAAAAACAAACAGUCAUAGAUCAUGCAUUUAUACUUUAGACAAAGUACAAAGCAUGCAUCAAUAGCUUUUUUGUAUUUGAACCAAAGUUAUUACCCACACUACAUUGUUUGAGUUUAUAAAAUUGACACUACUUUUGAACAGUAUUAGAGAUACUAUCUUGUGCGUAAGUAAAUAUCUACUACUUGUUCUUACUGUUAAAUCCAUGAUAAUAUUUAUUUCUUAACAUAAAUUAUUUUAAAAGUA